ACUGGCCAGAUAUGGUGACGGACGCGCAGCGUUAUGUGGCCGCGUGUCCGAUCUGCCAGCGAAUGAAGUCAUCACACCAGCGACCUACAGGACUGUUGCAGCCCCUCGGGCCACCUCAACGCCCAUGGCAACACGUAACGAUGGAUUUCGUUACGGGUCUACCGACCGGAUCCAUCGGAAACGACGCCGUAUUGGUUGUCGUUGACCGAUUGAUGAAAAUGGCGCAUUUCGCACUAUGUCGUACAACCUUCACAGCCGAAGAAACCGUGCGACUGUUCAUCUCGACCGUUGUUCGCCUACACGGGAUACCAGCAGCAAUCGUUAGCGAUCAAGACCCGAAGUUCACAUCGAAAUUUUGGCAGGACACGUGGGCUCGGUACGGCACGCGCCUGCAGUUCUCAUCCAAUUAUCAUUCUCAAACGGACGGUCAGUCAGAGAGGACAAACCAAACGAUGGAGCAGCUAAUUCGGACAAAUUGCCCCGACCGAAACAAAUGGGAGGAAGCGCUUCCCAUGUUGGAAUUCUCCUACAACAACGCACCCUCAGCCACGGCUAAUCACUUCUCGUUUUACCUCAAUUGCGGGAUGUACCCCACAGGACCUAUCUCCACCAAUGUCGAGAGUCAAUGAUUGAACACUUCGUUAUUCAUUUCCG